UAAAAUAAAUUAAUAAUAUAAAAAAAUAUCUAAAAUUAAUUAAUUAAUUAAUAAAAAAAAAUAAAAAAUGAACGACAGUGCCUGUUUAGUGCAAGAUUGUGAUUUGAUAUCAAAUAAUUCAGAAUCAAUAACAAUCAAUUCAACAGAAUCACGUCACAAAUCAAUUUCUGAUGACGAUAAUGAUGGUGAUGGUGAUGACGGUAAACAACAGACGACCUUGGAUCAGUUUAAUGCAUUAAUAACUAUUAAUGCAACUGUUGAUGAUGAUGAUGAUGAUCAUAAUCAUGUUAAGGGUGAUGACAAUGAUGAUGUUGAUGGUGGUGAUCAGCUUUCACUGAAUAUCCUCGGUGAAACAUCACGUGUCAGUUUUCCCGAUGACGAUCGUCUGAUCACUGGUUACUUGGAACCCGCCAAUCCAUGGGAACAAGCGCACGGUGUGACUUUAGAAAGUUUAUUAAAAGCAUACGAAGAAUCCUGUGAAAAACACGGCAGCAUCCCAUUAAAAAAUGUGAUAAGUCAACUAGAAAAAUUAGAUCUAACGUCAAACAACGAGCGACAUCCAGAACUUUCCCUAAAAAAUGAAGAAUUGACAAAAGCAACUUCAGAACCUUUGGAAGAAAUAUUCAGGCGGCUGCAAUUCAUCAAAAUAGAUUUAGAAUCUUCGGGAUUAGAUGACGAGAGUGCAGAAACAUUAUUUGACAUAUUUGAGUACUACGAAUCAGCGAAGCACGUUAAUAUUUCUCACAAUGGCAACAUAGGAGCUCGAGGUUGGCUAGCAUGUGGUCUGAUGAUCAAAAGGACUUUGUGUCUAGAGCAGCUGGACAUACGCGACAUUGUCCUUACCCAACAGCACAUGAAUAUCUUAAAACGUCCAUUACAAUUUGCGGCUCAUCUACAGACACUUAAACUUGAAAAUUGCGGUCUAGCUGGACGCGCUUUUGUAAUUUUAGCCGCUGCAUUAAAAGUUUGUACUGGUUUAAAGGAAUUGCACUUGGCGGAUAAUAAUUUGGCCAAGUGCGACGCUGUUCUUUUGGGAGGAAUGCUUAAAAUUAAUCACCACUUACAAUUGUUGGAUGUUAGUAAUAAUAAUUUACAAGACGGUGGGGUUAAAGAAAUUUUGAAGGGAUUAAUUGCACAAGCUAUUGAAGAACACAACGAAGCUCGUGGUCUAGGUGUUUUAAUUUUGUGGAACAAUCAUUUUGGGCGAGAUUCUUCGGAUGUUUUUUCUGAUGUAUUGACGCACUCAAAAACAUUAGAAACGUUAAAUAUCGGUCAAAACGCCAUGGGAGAUGAGUUUUUGGAGGUGUGUAAAAACUCGUUGCGGCGAAAUCAAACCCUGCUGCAACUAGGGGUCCAAUCAACGGGGCUAAUUUCCAAAGGGAUUCUCGCACUAGCUGAAAUAAUCGAAAUGAAUGACACCCUGGAACGAAUAGACCUGCGGGACAACAAUCUCCAAUUAACUGGCUUAACCUUUUUAUCUCUAGCGUUAAAGAAGAAUACUAGUGUAACUCGGAUUGACUUGGACGAAAAAGCAAUCAGUAAAAUACCGGCAAUGGCCGAUCAGUACCUAGAACUAAUCAACGAAAUUCGCGGCUACUGCGAGCGCAACGAAGAAUUGCACGACAAAGAUUCAAGCACAUCAGAAUCAACAAGCCCGGAACACAGGAGUAGAGUAUCAAGCGUUAGCUCGCGUAAGAUCUCGUUGACUUGUCAGACACUGCCAGCACGUUCACCUCCUUUAACGGGUACCACGAGCGAGGUGAUUGCCGUCGGUACCACAAAAACGUCAUCGUCAUUACCAUCGACGUCAACGAUGCAAACGGCGAAACGUACAACCGGUGGACGUUUGCGUUCACCAGCGCCCUCGCCAAUUCCCUCGCCCGUGGCAAGCCCGAUCCCAAGUCCUUCUCGAAAUCGUUUCGUCGUUUCACGUGUCUCUGAAACUUCACUAAGUUCUACUAAUUCAUCAGCGUCAUCAUCACCCGUCACACCACCACCGUCAUUUUCAUCCUCUCCCACUAUUUCCUCCUCCCCGUCAUCAGCCUCCUCCACAUCAACUUGUUUCUUCCCGCCAGAUGGGUCACGUUUUCGCGUUACUAUUGUUACACCUGCCUUAAAGAUAAACGAGACCGAAUUUACCGACUCUGAUGAUUCUGACAGUGUCUUUGUUAACCAACCGUCGGUAAGGCCCGAAAUCAGGCCCACUAUCGUCGAAAAACCUUUAGAAUUGAAUUUUGAGCCCUCGAAAAUUGAUUCUGAACCUCAAUCUAACUUACCUACGUUAUCUCCAGAAGAAAUAGAUAAUUUAUCAGAAAUGAGGCUUGAGUCGGUAACAAAAGUACCUGAUUUAUCUACAGAAGAUUCGGAAUUAAACAUAACAACAAUUAAAUCUAGCUUUACCACUGAAAUAACGCCCAAUUUUAAAACAGACAUAAUAACGCCGACUUUCAAAUCUGAAAUAAUAAUCCCUACCUUAUCAACAGAAUCUAACCUUAAUUUAUCAGAUUGUACUGACUCUACCUUACCGACAGUCGAAUUUAGGCCAGAUGAAACUUUAAUAAGGCCCAAUGUACUAAAUGAAUUCAUAGAAUCAAAUUUGGUGGAAAUGAACCAAUCUAAAGAAACUAUAGUAAAUCUGGGUCAAUCUGAAGACAAUAUAGUAAAUCUUGGCCAAUCUAAAGAAGCUAUAAUGCCUAUCCAAUCUAAAGAAGCUAUAAUGCAUACCCAAUCUAAAGAAACUAUAGUAAAUCUUGGCCAAUCUGGAGAAACUAUAAUCCCUACCCAAUCUAAAGAAGCUAUAAUGCCUACCCAAUCUAAAGAAACUAUAGUAAGGCUUACCCAAUCUGAAGAAAAUAUAAUCCCUACCCAAUCUACAGAAACUAUAGUAAAUCUGGGUCAAUCUAAAGAAACUAUAGUGAAUCUUACCCAAUCUAAAGAAGCUAUAAUGCCUACCCAAUUUAAAGAAGCUAUGAUGGCUACCCAAUCUAACGAAGCUAUAGUAAGGCUUACCGAAUCUAAAGAAUCUAUAAAAACUUUAAGGCCUGAAUCUUCUGAAGAAAGGUUAGAUUCUAAUGACUUAAGAUUAAGCGAAUUAGAAAUAGAACUUGAAGAAUCAUCACAGAGUAACGAAAGGCUAAUUGACUUGUCUGAUUCUAACGAAUAUAAAAAUAGUUCUGCAGUACCGACUGAUGGUAAAGAAUAUUCUAGUUCUACAUUACCGACUAGAGAAUCAAAAUUAGAUACAAGGCCUGUUACGUUAACUGAACAAAGUAUAGUAGAGUCUAGAGCACAAUCAUCACAAUCAUCUAACCCUUCAUCGAGUCUCGAUCGUCUUUUGAGCCUUUUUCAAAACCCCGGGAGCCUGUUUACCGCUUCUGCGUUUGAACCUACGGUAUAUAAUAACACUUCGCCGUUUAGUCAUGUUUCAAGCAUGAUGGCGCUAGGUGACAGGUUCCAAAAGUUUUUGCGCGAAGGCCUGAUUGAUUCUAAUGAUAAAUGUAAAAAAGAAUCAUCAGAUUGUGCAUUUAAAGGCAGUAAAGUACCUGUUGAGGAUAAUAAUCAUCUUAAAAAUGAUUUAACGUUACCAAUGACGUUAAACGUCACUAAUUGUGAUAACACAAACAUCAGUAUUAAUCAUCCUAAUUUAAUAAAUAAUGAUACUCAUUUAUUAAGUAAUCUAACGUGUGAUAUAAGUGUAAAUAAUUUAUUAGAUGAUAUUACGGUUGAUAAGGACCAUAAUAAUAUAUUAGUUGAUGAUAGUAAUGAUUUGUUACAUCCAGAAGUAGAAAUUAUUUAUGAACAUUGUGAAUCUUUUGAUGAUCAUCAAAAUUCAAAUUUAAUUGAGAACAAUGAUGAGGAAGCUUCUUUUUCACAAAAUUUAUUGAUUGAUAGAUCGGUUGAUAGAUCUGUUGCUCAUCGUAAUAGUCAAGAUUCUGGAAUUGAAGAGACUAAUACUUGCGAAGAUAAUCUGGAUGGUUUUGCUGGGAGUUUGGACUCUGGUAUUGAAUCUGAGUGCUCCUCGGUUUGUGUUAAGACAGAUGAAAUUGUUAAUGAUGAGGCUGAUGAUAUUGCUCGAGAUGGAGGCGUUAAUGAUAAUGAUAAUAAUGAUGAUGAAAGAAGAUUGGAAGAAAUAAAAAAGGCUUUUAACAUUCCUGUUUCUAAUAAUGACGAUGAUAUUUGUUCAAAUUCAUAGCCUUGGAUCUUGAAGGAUUGAAUUUUUUAAUUUUUUUAUCAAUAUCUGACGAAGAAAUACCCGAGAGUAAAAUUCAAGCGAAAAAAGAACUUCAAAGUAACCUAUAUCGCUUCCAAUUGCCCGAAGAAUUUGAUGACGUCACCGACGAGCUUGAACCAGAGUACCAACGAUACGCAAAAUGGCGGAUAUAAAUU